UUUGAAGCUUAAUCGUCGCGACCGAGAAAGAGAGAACUCAUUUGUAUCUUCCCCGGAGAAAAAAAAAAACACAGCCAUGGCUUCACCGUCAGAUCCCACCGAUUCCUCUCGAGAUCCAGCUACAGACCCAGAAACUCUUCCCCCGAACCCUAUUCAAACCCAGAAACCCACCGUAGAGCAAGGAAGUGAAACCCUAAAUCUCGAAUCAACGCAGAGAGAUCUCGAGGCCUCCGACGCCAUAGAUCAGCAACCAGAUCCAUCGAUCGAAGAGGACGAAACUGACGCAGCACAAGCCGUAACCUCCUCUAAUUACCGCCGCGGAGGUGGGCCGAAGAAGAAGAAAGGGUUUCUCAAGAAACGUAAGCAGCAAGAGAAGUCAAGGGAGAAGCUUGAGAUACUCUUGAAAACCCUAAAGCCCAUUCCUUUCGCCCCGGCUAAAGCCCUAGACUUCUCUCGCCACGAGAAGCUGUUGAAGACGUUAGGGAUCUGGGAGUUUCUUCACUUGGAGUUCGACCAAAACAUCCGUCAGGAUCUGGUUGCGAACCUUGUUGCUUAUUAUAGUCCUGAGAGCAGGUGUAGCUAUGUGAAUGGCUCUAGGGUUAACGUGACCCGUGCUGAUUUGGCUCGAGCUUUGAAGCUGCCUAAGAAGAAAGACAUUGUGGUUGCUGAGGAGGAGAGGGAGGUUUUGGAGAGGGAUGAGUCAGCUAAGUUUGUAGAUGAGAUUCUGGAGACUUGGGUGCUACUGCAUACUGAUGAUAUGUGGAUUAUGCCUGUAGAGGUGGUUGAAUGGGGAAGGGAUGUAAAGGAGAAGAAGUUGGAGAAGCUUGAUUGGGCUGCAUUGCUCUGGUUCAUGGUUGAGAAAGAACUGAAAGCUGGUCCUGAGCUCGGUGAUUGUUUCUUUGCUUCUCAUCUGCAGCUGUUGAUCAGAAGCCAGAAAGAAGAUUUACUUAGGGAAGAAUCUAAUGAUGAUGAGGAUGAUGAUGUUAAGGAGGUUGAUGUUAUGGUAAAGUCUCCAAAGGAAGAUUGUUUGGAUGUUAAGGAGGAGGAUGCUGAUGUUAAGGAGGUUGAUGUUAUGGUGAAGUCUCCAAAGGAAGAUUGUUUGGAGGUUAAGGAGGAGGAAGAUGUUGGUGCUGCAGAUUCAGGAAGAGAUAAUUGUGCCACUGAUGCCACUGAAUUAAAGGAAGAAGAAACUUAUGUGGAAGAACAUAUGAUUGAACUGAAUCUCGGGCAAGAGACUGUGUCUGAAAUGGUCGCUGAGGAGCAGGAGCAAGGCCCUGUUGAGGAACAGCCAAUGGAUGUUGAGGAAGAUAAGAAGGAAGAGGUUGAAAAGUGGUCGUGGAAUGAAGACUCUCAUGCUGGUACUUCCCAUUUCCUUCGCCACUGCGAUCUUAGUAUCGCUACAGAAGGAGACGAAGAGAACAACAUAGAAGGGCCCAUGGAAAUGGGAGAAGACGAACAGAUUGAAGAUCUUGAGGAAGAGGAAACGGAGGAAGAUAAAGAAAGGAAUGAAGGAGGGUUUCCCUUUUUUCCAAAUGGAGACCCCCUUCAUGGAGAUGGCAUGUUAGGAGAUGUAUCUCCCUUACGUUUUUCCUCUGGGUUACAGAUGCACGGCAACUCAACCGGUGGUCAUUUCCUUGCUUCUAGGGUUGACAUGCAUAUGGCUAUGGGCUCAGGUAGUAACACCAACAACAAGAGGCAGAUUGAUCAUGAGAAUGAUAUGUCCUAUCACAACCCUGACGGUAAGAGGAUGAGGACUGAAGAGCCGUCUUGGAAUGAAAAGCCGCAACCAGUUGAGGUAUGCGUGGAUCAGAUUCUGCUGUGGGCUGAGAAAGCUAGGAUGUCAUGUGCUCAAAAGGAUCGGGAGCGUGCGCAAUCUGCGAUGAACCAGGAGUAUCUGAUGAGCGAGCUGCAAAGGAAAGAUGAAAUGAUUCAUGAUCUUGAAAGAAGCAAGUAUGAGGAGCAACAGAGAAAAGAUUUAAUGAUCUAUAGGCUUGAGAGUGAGCUUCGGAUGAUGACAAGUGUAUUAGAAGGAUACAGGAAGGCUCUGAAAGAAACCAAAAAGGCAUCAGCUGAGCACAGGAAGCGUUGCCCUUUGCGUGAUGAUAAACCUGUCUACAAGGAUGUUAAGGGCUCUGGAGGUUUAGUUCUGAGCGUUGCUGAAAUUGAGAAGCUGAGAUUGAAGCGAGAAGGGGAAGACAGGAUGACACGAGCUCGAAUAGAGAGACAGAUCGAGGAGUUUGGAAGUGAAUGGUUUAAAGUGUUUCAAGAGCAAAUGGAUGCUGUGGAGUCGCUAAACGAGAGAUUGAUCGUGGUUGAAAAUGAAGUGAAGAUCUGUAGAGAAACACUUUCGGAAAGUAAGAACGAUGAGCCUUCUGAAGCUGUUGCUGCUGCUGCUACAGAAGAGACAUGAUGAGAUGCUGUUAAGGUUUAUGCAAAUCAGUGAAGCUUUUGAAGAUCAGAUAUUAUUUUGCUUCGUUUUGUAUGAUGUAGACGAUGUUGAUUGAAUCUCUUUAAUCUCGUUCUAGGAAAUGUAAUCAACGGUUGUGAUCAGUUCCAGUCUUAAUUAGCACUAUAUUGUAUCAACAUUUAGUCAUCUUUGAGACUUGUUAAGCUAGUGUUAAACAACUUCAAAUC